AUGAUAAAUACACAAGCUUAUGAUAAUCCACUAACAACACCUAGUGAGAGUUUUAAUGUAUUUAACACUGAAAAGACCGUGAUGGAAGAUAAUGGUACAUCAAGGGGUGCUAUACCUAAGGUUCGCUUUUAUCGUGUCACUGGAACAACGUUAACUUUUCCAACAUUAAAUGCUUUAAUUAUUAUUCUUUUCAUUGGAUGUGUUUUACUCUCAAUAGUGUUUUUAUACAGUCUAAGUCGACUUAUGGAUGGAUUUCUACUAUGGCAUACUAUUGCCUAUUUUCAUAUUAUUACAAUGAUAAAUAUGAAUGCAGCCUUGCUUUACAUUAAUUCAAAAGCAACCAUCAGCGCAUCAAAUAGUUUGUCUACCUGUUUUGAAAAGGAAAUGAAAAAAUAUUGCAAAGCUCGUCAAAUUUCUCAAUAUCGAAUUUUAUGGCUUAAUCUAAGCGACAUUUUACAAACACUGGGGAAUACAUACGCAAGGACAUAUUCAACAUACUGUUUGUUCAUGUCAAUUAACAUUACGAUUGGAUUAUAUGGCGCUCUAUCAGAAAUUUUUGAUUCUGGCUUUUCUUACAAAGUACUAGGUCUAAUAGUUCUUACCAUUUACUGCGCAUCCUUGCUUUUUAUUGUAUGUAAUUGUGCACACAAUGCUACCUCAGCUAUAGCACAAGGAGUUCAAGAUACAUUGCUUUCUGCCAACCUUAUUCAGAUGGACAUUCAAGCACAAAACGAAAUAGACCUUUUUAUAUCAGCAAUUGAAUUAAAUCCACCUGUAGUAAGCAUGCAAGGCUAUGGUCUUAUAAACCGUAAGCUAUUAACAUCGACAAUUUCAACCAUUACUAUAUAUCUCAUCGUUUUACUUCAAUUUAAACUAAGUAUUAUUACAGAAAAAACCUUGAGGGCAAAAUUUACAACACCACUAAAAUGA